AUGAAACAACCUCUGUACGUUUUGCUAGGUGCUGGCGUGGUAGGACUGUCAACUGCGCUCGAGCUUCGCGAGCGCCACCCAAAGUCUCUCGUCAUCGUUGUCGCGAAACACCUGCCGGGAGACAGAGUCGCAGAGUACGCUUCGCCCUGGGCGGGGGCUAAUUGGUUAUCGGUUGCCACAGACAAUGGACGUCAGGAAGAAUGGGAUGCGGUGACGUACAAAAGCUUUCGCCUGCUGGCUGAACAGAGUGCGACAACAGGUGUCCAAAGCAUGGAGCUUCGGGCGAUUUUCGACCAGCCCGCCGAUCACGCUGACAUCUUGAGUGUUGGAACUGGCCAAAUCUGGUACGACAGACUGGUUGGAGGACUGCGGCCUCUCUCGUCAGACAAAUUGCCAGAAGGAAGCCAAUUUGGGUUCGACUUGGAUACCUUUGUCAUCGAUACCAGGGUGUAUCUUUUCUGGCUCGAGCAUAAGGCCCGGAAAAUGGGAAUCGAGUUCCACCGGGCCAUGUACUCGGACAUCGCAGAGCUCUUCCACAGCUUUCCCGGCGCUAAGGCAUACUUCAACUGCUCUGCAUUGGGCUCGCACUCGCUCAAGGGAGUUGAGGACAAGAAUGUUUAUCCCACCAAAGGACAAGUGAUGCUCGUCGAGAAUCCAACAACCCCAUUGACGCGGAUGUAUUUCCGAUCUCCACGACGAGUCGACAAUGACACGACCUAUGUUUUCCCUCGGGGCAUGCACAAUGGUGUCGUGCUGGGAGGCUGCCGCUUGGACAAUGACUGGUCAGGAGAGAUUGAUGCCGAUUUGGCAGAAGACAUCAAGAGACGAUGCUGCAAUUUGGCUCCCGAAUUAGGCAGUCCAGAAGAUCUCAAGAUUUUGUACCACGCCGUCGGGCUCCGGCCAAGCCGGAAAGGAGGAGCCCGGAUCGAGAGAGAGGUGAUGCAAAAUGUUGUGGUGAUCCACAACUACGGUGCUGGCGGCGCCGGAUAUCAAGCCUCGUGGGGAAUGGCCAAGGCGGCGGUGGACUUGCUCGGUGGUGAAGAACGACUCUGA